CGCACCUCACAGAGGCACCACCUUAGUUUCAUUUUCCUGCGCGCCUCCCCUUCCCCCUCUCGCUUCCCUCGAGCGCAACGGGAAGGAAGCAGGCGGCCGGAGGCAGUUUCCCACAAGUUCGAUCCUAAGGAAAAACCUACCCGGGCGAGUCUUUCUCUCUGCAGGGAUGGCGAGGGGAAAACCUGGAAGCGGCCAGCCCGCGCUAGUGGGGGCACCACCUCCUCGGCUCCAAAAAGAUCGACGCGCAGCGGGGAAGGGACCAGAUCCCUCUCCACCGUCUUCUCUCCCCAAGCAGGAGAGAUCCCCAGAUAGUGUACGCUGCGCCCCACGGGGAGCGAUCCCCUCGAUUUCUUCUCUUUCCUUUCGCUCUCCUGCUCCCGAAAGGGGCCACCCACUGCCCGGAGCGCGCCUGGCGCUUUUCUUCCUCUUUCGGCGAACUUUGCAGGGGCGGAGUCAAGCGGUGUUAAAAGCGCACGCAAGCCCUUCCCAACCUAUGAUCCAGGCUUCUCUUCUCCGCAGGGGGAAGGAGGGGCGAGCUGCGAGGCUUUCGGAUCUCCCCUCGGGGCGGGAUCGGCAGGGCCAGAUCUCCGAAGAGAGAUUCCAGUGCGGAAAUGGGUGGCGUCGAGAGCUGCUGAAAGGGAGAGGAGGAACACGAAGGAAGAUUCUUCCUGGCUUGUUCCUUGGAAAUUUUAAAGAUGCUCGUGACACCGAACAGCUGAAAAAGAACAACAUAACGCACAUUCUUUCGAUCCAUGACAGCGCCAGGCCCAUGCUGGAGGGAGUGAAGUAUCUGUGCAUUCCUGCUGCAGAUUCGCCCUCACAGAAUUUGGUCAGACACUUCAAAGAAAGCAUUGAAUUUAUCCAUGAAUGCCGACUUGGAGGUCAGAGCUGCCUUGUUCACUGCCUUGCAGGCGUUUCCAGGAGUGCCACCUUGGUUGUGGCCUACAUAAUGACCAUCACUGAUCUCGGCUGGGAGGACGCGCUGUCGGUGGUGCGAGCAUCGAGAUCAUGCGCCAACCCAAACGCGGGCUUCCAACGGCAGCUGGAAGAGUUUGAGAAAACUGAGCUUGCUCAUGUCAGAGAGUGGCUCAGGGCCGAGUAUGGAGAAAGCCCAUUGCAAGACAAGCAAGAAGCCCAAGAUCUUCUGCAGAAGUUCAAGGCGCAUGCAGCAGCAGCAGCAGCUCAGUCAAGUGCUUCUGGAAGGCAGUGGAAUGAUAGCUUUGCAUCGGUGGCCUCCUUGUCAAUGCCUGCUCCUCAGUAGCAGCAGCUAGCACAUGAAUGCAUUGCUUUUCCGUGGCUUCGUUUGGACAACAUGAUAAAUCAUCGUGGUGGGAAUGAGCCUAGGUAUGUCUUGGGCUCACACGUUUCUCCUCCUCUCCUCCCCGCACAACCACACAGAGAAUGGAGGUUUUAGAUUAACCAUAGUUUAGCUUGUGUCUGAACCCUAAACUGUGGCUCAUCAUGACUACGGCUUGUUGAAACAAGACAGCUUCAUAAACCAUGGCUUGACGUUGGAUUGUUUCAGAAAACCAUGGUUAAGAUUAAUUAUGUCCAACUAUUGGCAUGGAUAUGCCCAAGUUUAGAGGACACAACAAACGGUAGUUAAUUAAAAACAGAAGUAAAAAAACUCCUUGUGGCUGUGCUAGAGAGGGGAGGGAGGAAACACGUGAAGCCAAGGCCCUCCUAGACUCAUUUCCAUCACAAUAAACCGUGGUUUAAUUAUGGUGUCUGAAUGCAGCCAGUCACUAGACAGAGCACCUUUGAUGCCCUCCUGCACAUGCACAAAGAGGGCUUGUUUUGUAUGUGUUGGCUCCAUGAUGAGAUGUCUUACGUUUUCUUAGUAGGCACAUCUCUGAGAUAUGAGGAGCAGGACUCCAGAAUUCCCAACUUGGCACCACACUCGCAGGUUGACAUUGGCUUCCAUUGUGUGGGCACCAAGCCCCACUUUCUCUCCCAGUGGCUGUGUAAAGAGGAUGCCACAUUCUAGCCGUCGAGAUGCCAAAUUGUUUUCUAUGUAUCCCUCGCGUGUUCUUCAGGUUGUCUGUAUAACCAGGGUUUGGCACUGCUGCACUUUUCAAAGUUUCUGGUUCUUUUGGCACGCAAUGCUCUAAAUAAGGGCAGUGCGUUUCACGGAAGCCUUUGUGCUCACCUUGAGCUCUGGUUUUGCUGCAGGAAGCCCCUUGGCUGAAGAGGCAAGCCAUUUUCCAAUGUAAAAAAACCAGCUGCUCUCUUCAGCGACAGGGAAAUGCUGCAGUCCCAUCAGGGGACAAAGCUCUGGCGGUGUGCAUGGUUGUCUCUUCUUGUGUAUAUCCCUUCUUAAAUUACCUUGGAAUGUAUGGCUAAUAAAGUUAUAUAUUUUGCUCUAGAGUGAAGCAGAAGUAUCACACAUAACCUCAUCAGUAUUUAUUGUCAUGGCUUUCACCUCAGAGAAGUUGUUCACUCAAAAUAUUUUUAUAUUUUGGAGGGAUCUGAAAGUAUAUUGCAAGAUGUAUAUAUAGAGAGAAACUAAAGAUACAAUGGCUGUUGUGCUGAAUUAAAGUUCCGAAUGUUAUUUUCACAGUACUACUGAAAAAAGGUUUCUUGUAUAUUAGUCAGCUUGAUGGAGUUCCAUCUUUAAUUGCCCUCCCCAAUGGCAUAUAUUCAAUAAAAGCUCCAGUCUUUUUCUAAAUAAAAAAAGCCAGUGUUACCUCAUUG